AUGUUUGGUUAUGCAAAUGUCAUUCAAAGAAUAAAUCUAUUCAGAUAUAUCUUUGUUAAAUUGGCAGCGUUUGAUGCGAGUUCCCAUAUAUGCUCCAAGGAUCUAAUGUAUUCGCCUCCAGUGGAUCUAAUAAAGAUUCGAAAGGGGAUCGAGAGAAAGGAAAAGGAAAAAAGAAACAUUCCACCGGGUAUUCGAAUCUUUCCCAUCAUGUGUGUUUGUGUUUGGUUAAAUGAUGUUGUUUUAACGAGAAGUAAUCCCAAAGGAGAUUCCAGAAAGGCAGAAAAAACUUCUAAAGAUUCUUUUAUGGAUAAACGAUGGUUCGCUGUGGUUUCUUACAAAGCAAUUUGUAAUUUUGUGAAAUCAAAAAGAAUUUUUUCAACAUUUUCCAAAUGA